AUGGAUGAACCUCGAAAAUGUUAUGCUGCAUCUGGCUGGCUCAGUAGACAGAGUGUGCGGCUCUUGAUCUCAGGGUUUAUAGUUAAAUGCACCAAGAAGGUCAGAAUCAUAGGUAAAUACGGGACCCAUUAUGGUCCCUCACUCAGGAAAAUGGUGAGGAUUGAAAUGGGUCAGUGUGCCAAAUACAUCUGCUCUCUCUGUGGCAAAACCAAGAGGAAAAGACAAGCUGUCAGGAUCUGGUAUUGUGGUUCCUACAUGAAAAGAGCAGCCAGUGGUGCCUGGACCUACCAUUACAACACCACUCCUGCUGUCACAGUGAAGUGCGCCAUCAGAAGACUGAAGGAGUUGAAAGACCAGUAG